AUGAAGCUGGUAUCGCGCAAGGUGCCCAAGACGCUCGAGGAGGAGACGGUGUCUCUCCUCCCCGAGGAUCCCGAAGACAUGUGGCAUGCCUACAACCUAAUCCUCCCCGGCGACAUCAUCCACGCCCACGCCAUCCGCAAGGUCGUCAGCACCAGCAGCACCGGCAGCACGGCGUCGGAGCGGGUGCACACCGACCUGGCCAUCAAAGUCAAGUCGACCUUCUUCGACCCCGUCAUCUCGGCCCUCCGCGUCUCCGGGACCGUGGCCGCCGAGAACCCCCACGUCACCCUCGGCUCGCACCACACGCUCGACCUCGAGGUCAACCGUGCCUUCACCGUCAUCAAGCCCGAUGGCUGGGACUCCAUCGCCAAGGCCGCGCUCCAGGAGUCCCUGGCCGAUGACAAGGACGGCGCCAUGGCCGCCGUCGUCAUGCAGGAGGGCCUGGCCAACAUUUGUCUCAUUACGCAGUUCCGCACAGUUUUGAAAGUCCGUGUCGAGAGCGUCAUUCCGAAGAAGCGCGACCUGGCUUCAGACCAGGAUGCCGGCAUGCGCCGCUUCUUUGAAAAGACUCUGUCGACCCUGGUCCGCACCAUGGACUUUUCCGAGUCGCGCCCGCUGCUGCUGGCCAGCCCGGGAUUCGUCGCCGCGGACUUUAAGCAGUACAUUGCGAACCAGGGCCGGGACAAGGCUGACAAGGUCUUGACCGCCGUCGCCAAGCAAGCGACUGUCGUGCACGCCAACUCGGGGCACGUCCACAGUCUCAACGAGGUGCUCAAGAGCCCCGAGGUCCUGGCCAAGAUGAAGGACAUGAAGUUUGCCCGCGAGGCCCAGUACGUCGAUCAGUUCUUUGAUAUGCUCAAAUUGGAUGAUGGCCGGGCGUGGUACGGUACUUCAGCUGUGGAAAAGGCCGUCAACGACGGUGCUGUUGGUCCUGGCGGCGGCGUCCUCCUGGUCAACAACUCGCUCUUCCGGAGCGAAGACUUGGCCGUCCGCAAGAAGUAUGUAGCACUCGUCGAAAAGGUCAGAAACGACGGUGGCGAUGCGAGGGUCUUGAGUAGUGAUCAUGAGAGCGGCCAACGUCUGACCAUGCUCGGCGACAUUGCCGCCAUUCUCAAUUACCCAAUGAUGGAUCUAGAUGAUGACGGAGAGGAAGAGGGUGAAGCUGCAGAAGAUCGGAAUGCUCGAGAGCAGCAAGAUAUGUUGGAUAGUGUCAUCUAG